UGCGGUUGUCCCAGCCCAGCAUGCAGCCUUGAACCUGGCUUAGGCCACCCCUUACUCCUGCUCUCAACACCCUGAAUUUUACUGUGGCUUGUGGUGUGAGCUCUGGGCUGCAAGGUCCCUGAGCAGAAGCACUUCAUCAAGAACCCCUGCAGCUCCAGAGGGCCCUGCAAAUCCCGCUGUCAGCUCUGGGAACACAGCAUGGCUAUUACCCUGCAACCCAGUGACCUGAUCUUUGAGUUUGCAAGCAACGGGAUGGACGAUAUCCACCAGCUGGAGGACCCCUCGGUGUUCCCGGCCGUGAUCGUGGAGCAAGUGCCCUACCCUGAGCUGCUGCACCUGUACUCGGGCCUGGAGCUGGACGACGGCCACAGCGGCAUCGUAGCGGACGGCACCGUGUGCAUGACGCAGGAUCAGAUCCUGGAGGGCAGCUUCCUGCUGGCAGAUGACAAUGAGGCAGCCCCACAAGCCAUGUCAAGCACCGAAGUGUUGCUCAACGUCGAGUCUCCCAACAACAUGCUGGAUGAGAAGCAAAUCUUUAGCACCUCUGAGAUGCUUCCAGACUCAGACCCUGCUCUAGCCGGCACUCUGCCCAGCUACUCAUUUCCUGUCUCUGAGCCCAGUGCUCUGAACGAGGCAGGUGACACUGGUGGCCCCGAGGGGCCAUCUCUGGAGGAGAAGGCUCUCGGAGAGGAAAAUGCCAAGAGGACUGGAAAAUCAAAGAAGAGAAUCCGGAAGACAAAGGACAGCCGCAGCUCCUCACCUGUCACUGACCCUAGCAUUCCCAUCCGGAAGAAAUCCAAGGAUGGCAAAGGCAGCACCAUUUACCUGUGGGAGUUCCUCCUGGCGCUGCUGCAAGACAGGAACACCUGCCCCAAGUACAUCAAGUGGACCCAGCGUGAGAAGGGCAUUUUCAAGCUCGUGGACUCCAAAGCGGUGUCCAAGCUGUGGGGGAAGCAGAAGAACAAGCCUGACAUGAACUAUGAGACAAUGGGCCGGGCACUGAGAUAUUACUACCAGAGAGGCAUCCUUGCCAAAGUGGAAGGGCAGAGGCUGGUGUACCAGUUUAAGGAGAUGCCCAAGGAUCUGGUGGUGAUCGAAGAUGAGGACGAGGGGAGCGAAGCCUCAGCAGCAUCUCCUCAGGCCGCCACUCCCUCCACCUCCUCUGGUAGCACCACCCGGCGAAACAGCUCCCGAGUCUCCUCCAGAGCCACCACCCACGCCAAGGGCAGCCCCUCCUGGGAAAAGCCCAGGGGUCAGCAGGUUGGCCUCCAGCCGUCUGCGAGUCUGGAGUCGGGAUUGCCUCUCGAUGAGGAGCUCCCCACUACCUCCACUGUGCUGGUCUCGCCGCCACAGAGCCAGGCCAAACUCACCAAAGCUGUGAGUACUCAUGUGCCCAGCAACAUCCACCUGGGGGUGGCCCCUGUGGGCUCGGGCUCAGCCUUGACCCUGCAGACAAUCCCACUGACCACGGUGCUGACCAGCGGGCCUCCUGCCAGUACUACUGCUUCGACCCAGCUCGUUCUCCAGAGCGUUCCACCUGCUUCGACCUUCAAGGACACCUUCACUUUGCAGGCGUCCUUUCCCCUGAACACCAGUUUCCAAGAGAGUCAGGUGGCAACACCAGGGGCUCCGCUGAUCCUCAGCGGCCUCCCCCAGUUUCUGGCAGGGGCCAACCAUCCGAGCAAUGCAGCCCCGCCCUCAGUCACAGGGGCUGCACCCGCAGGGCCCAGCUCUCAGCCCCCAGGGACUGUCAUUGCGGCCUUCAUCAGGACUUCUAGUGCCACUGCAGCCCCGAGGGUCAAGGAGGGGCCGCUGAGGGCUCCCUCAUAUGUGCAAGGCGUGGUUACGGGGGCCCCUGUGGAGGGACUGCUGGUUCCCGAGGAGACCCUGAGGGAACUCCUGAGGGAGCAGACUCACCUUCAGCCACUUCCAACCCAGCUGGGCUCCAGGGGUCCCCACAGUUCAAACCUUCCGGGGAACCAGACUUGCUCUCCUCCCAGCUGCCCCACUGUUGGGCUGACCCCAGUGGCUGAACUUGAGCUCUCCUCGGGCUCAGGGUCCACGUUGAUUGCUGAGCCCAGUGAGACCACAUCUGGGGGCCUGCCGGCCAAAUCCCCUACCCCUGCCCCCUUCUCCCCAUUCAACCCCACGUCCCUCAUUAAGAUGGAGCCCUGACACUGAAAGGGGGGCCGGGCGGAGCGUGAGCCAGCAGGCCAACAUGAGCAGCAUUUGACGCAGCCCUCCUUGAGGGGAGACUGACUUCAGCAGUACACCUGCCCUUACAUUGCAGUGGGACCCGCGCCCUGCACCCCUGCCUGGCGCAACCACAGCCAAGCUAGACCUGAUUUGAGCAUUCCUGGCGCCAGACCAUGGCCUUCAUGAGCACAUGGGGAUGUGCUUCUCUAGGGUCACGGGCUGACUAGGUGAUCGGGGAAACCUCCGGAGGAGUUUGCAGGCUGCGCCAGUGCCAGGGCCUGGCGGGCAGAGUCCUUUGGCCUGGCUGUGUUUCCCCAUGUCUAGCCACACCCCAGGGAGGCUGUCCCCUCUGUGAAUGUGUCUGUGUGUACUGUGUGUCCUCGUGGGCUCUAGCUCUCUUUCUUGAGGAGGACAGGGCGUAGCUGCCAGGUUUUCAAGGGCGUGUGUCUUUGGGUCAGCCACAGAGAUGGGGAAUCUAUUUUAGAAGGAAAAGUAUUCUAGUUCCCUUUGUACAAAUCAGAAUUCAGUUGGCUCAGACUGGAGUACAUUUGGGGUCCCCCACAUCUGGAGAGAUGUCACAGAGCUGGAGUAGAUCCAGGGUAGGAGAGCUUCGCUGGCGUGUCUGGGGGAAGAUGCGGUUGGAAAGAACAAGGCAAGUUUGAGGGGGAGCAGAGCGCCAGGAGCAGAAUGGGAACUCAGCCGUGGGGAGCGGCCCCAGUCUGCACUGAGGUCCUCCUGCUGGAGCUGGCCCCACUGGCCACCAGCCAUGUGCCUAGCACCUUGGCCACCUCAGAGGCCCCUUCCCUGCCAGGCUCAGACCCAGCCGCGCAGGCGUGGCAGGCGCUCGGUGGGUUGGAUGUCAGCGGCAGGGCUUGGUUCGCGAGGCUGGCCGAGUGCUCAUGACGGCCUCUGCUGGCACCGGCCCACAGCCUGGCGCUGGGCUCCCUUAGUUCAUCUGGCCCUGCUGUGCUGCUGCCGGGUGUGACGGGAGCCGUGGCGCACUGGCCUUGGGGCCGCCUCUGUUCCUGCUCAUUCGUACCUGCCGCUCAGCCCUGCUUCUACUCACUUUGUAGGUUUGCCAGCCCACCCACCCCCACGACGGCUACCGCAGACCUCCUCCAGUGGACCGUUGCCCCUCAUCUCCAACUCUCGCACCUGGCCCUGAU